AUGUCUGAAUCAGAAUCGGACCCAGAUUUAACUUUGGAGCGUUACGAUUUAGAGGACGAUCAAAAUGCGUACGGGUCGCCGGUUUAUAUAUCGCCAAGGGAAGAACUAACCGGCGUCGAAGCCGCAGCGGUUGAACCCUUGAAUGAACCAACUUUGGCCGCCGACGAUGAUAGAACGCAGGUUAGUUUACCUUAUUUUCACCAGUUGUUUCAGUAACCAAUAACUGUAUACUUGCAGACUUGUAUUUACGCAACAAAUUCCUGUUAAUUUCAGCGCUGUAGCUGCAAAAACACGUGCAGCAAGCGAAGCGGCAGAAAGAAGUGAGGUUGCCCUUGCCGGCGAUGAAGGUGUAAAAUGCACAGAAAGAUGUUCAUGUGGAAGUAAAGCAGCUAAUUGCAAAAACAAGACACAGGGAUAGGGAACAGUUGCCUCCGCAAAUGCAGGAAAAAACGCAUUUGAAUGUCUCGAGAUCGCAGUCAACGAAGCAAAACAACAGAUUACGGUGAGCACGUGCAUUUUUUAUCUCAGAGUUACAAUAUUGUAAGAUUUCUCACAAGCAUAAAGUGUCCGAAUACUUUAUAUGGAUUUUUAAGGCAAUCGAACCCGCAACGUUGUGAAGCCACAGUACUAAGAUAUGCAUGUAUGAUAGAGCAAUCUAUUUUACUUAUACCUUUUGUGGCCUCAAAAAUGUUGCAGUUGCACGUUUUGUACCGGAAGAAACACAUUUUCGACCGAUAAUUUUCCUGUUAUAAUCGUUGGUUGCCUGGUUAUAUAUUAUUACAGAUUACCUUUGUUCUCGCAUUAUGUAUGUUCAAAUAUGAUCUGCAUGCUGAUUAUGUGUAAACCUUUGAACCUGGGAUAAAGUUUAAUAUUUAGGAAUAGGAAUAUAAUAGAAUAUUUCAGUAAGGAAUAUAUCAGGUUAUUUGAUUAUGAAACCUGGUAUAGAAUAACUUCUAUCCAUUUAAUUUUAAUAUGCAAAAGUAUGUAACCAUGCAAAUAUAAAUUGUUUAUGUAUUUCCAGGAAUUCAUCAAAAACAUUAACUGUUGAUCAAAAGGGUAGUCUAGAUUACGCCGGUAGUCUAAAUCCCAGAUAUAAGGCCACGCUGGUGCAAAUGUGGAGUAUGCCGGCCUAUAACUACUGAUGAAGAAAACAAGUGUUGUGGUAAAAUCAGGUGUCUAACAUCAUAUGUAACAUUCAGAAUCACCUGUACAGAAAGAGUUAGUCAUGGCCAUCAGAUCAAGGUGUGACAUUAGGGCUGAAGAACCAGAUUACUCAACAAACAGCUACAGAAAGGCUGCAAUAUCGCCAGUACAUUCUCUGGCGAUACAAAAAGCUGGGAAAGGGUAA